AUGACGGCGCGCACCAAGAUAUGUGUCUACUGCGGCGCGAGUCCUGGAGCUAGUCCAGGUCACAUGGAAGCCGCCCGAAAUCUAGCCCGGGCAAUGGCAGCUAGAAAUAUCGAUCUUGUUUAUGGUGGCGGUACUGUCGGCCUCAUGGGCGAAGUUGCCAAGACUCUGGUUUCCAUCAAUGGCCCUCAAUCAGUCCAUGGAAUCAUUCCCGAAGCUAUGAUACCACACGAGCGAAAUAGCGAGACAAGAAAUGUUCCUGAUGAAACCAUCUUUGGUCGAACAACCCUCGUCAAGGACAUGCAUACACGUAAGAAGCUCAUGGCAGAGGAGAUCUUCGCUGGCGGUCCGGGUAGUGGCUUUGUAGGGCUUAGUGGCGGCUUUGGAACUAUGGAGGAGAUCUUUGAGACUACAACCUGGAUCCAGCUUGGAAUCCACAGUAGCGGUAUGGUGCUUCUUAACAUUGAGGGAUACUGGGACGGAAUUAUCCAGUGGUUGGAUAAGGCGACUGGCGAGGGCUUUGUGAACCCUGGUAACAAGAGUCUACUCAGUGUGUCCCAGACGGCGGAGGGCGCCAUCAAGGCUUUGCAGGAGUACAAGGUGUCGGACACGAUCUAUCAACUCAAUGGGGGGGCACAAUAA